AUGGGAAUGUGGUUGAACCAAUCAUCCACAGAUGGCUUCAUACUCUUGGGCAUCUUUUCCCGUAACCAGAGUGAUCUUAUCCUCUUCUCACUGGUCAUGAUAGUCUUCACAGUGGCCCUCUGUGGAAAUGUCCUUCUCAUCUUCCUCAUCUACACAGAUGUUCGACUUCAUACACCUAUGUACUUCUUCCUCAGCCAGCUCUCCUUCAUGGACCUCAUGUUGGUCUGUAACAUUGUGCCUAAGAUGGCAGUCAACUUCUUGUCUGGUAGGAAAUACAUUUCCUUUGUGGGUUGUGGCAUUCAAAUUGGCUUUUUUGUCUCUCUUGUGGGCUCUGAGGGGCUCUUGCUGGGCCUCAUGGCUUAUGAUCGCUAUGUGGCCAUUAGUCAUCCACUUCACUAUCCCAUCCUCAUGAGUCAGAAGGUCUGUCUUCAAAUCGUUGGGAGUUCCUGGGCCUUUGGUAUACUAGAUGGUGUGAUCCAGAUGGUGGCAGCCAUGAGUUUUCCCUACUGUGGCUCAAGGAAAGUGGACCACUUCUUCUGUGAAGUGCCAGCUCUGUUGAAGUUGGCCUGUGCAGACACAUCACUUUUCGACACCCUGCUUUUUGCUUGCUGUGUCUUCAUGCUGCUCCUGCCCUUCUCCAUCAUUGUGGCCUCCUAUGCUCGCAUCCUAGGGGCUGUGCUCCGGAUGCGCUCUGCUCAGGCUCGUAAAAAGGCCCUGGCCACCUGUUCCUCUCACCUGACGGCUGUGUCCCUCUUCUAUGGAGCAGCCAUGUUCAUAUACCUGCGGCCCAGGCGCUAUCGAGCCCCAAGCCAUGACAAGGUGGUCUCCCUCUUCUACACAGUCCUUACUCCUAUGCUCAACCCCCUCAUUUAUAGUCUGAGGAAUCGGGAGGUGAUGGGGGCCCUGCGAAAGGGCCUGGACCGUUGCAAGAUUGGCAGCCAGCACUGA